AUGUCCCAAGGUAGAAAAGCUGCAGAAAGAUUGGCUAACAAGACCGUGCUCAUUACGGGUGCCUCUGCUGGUAUUGGUAAGGCCACCGCAUUAGAGUAUUUGGAGGCAUCCAAUGGUGAUAUGAAACUGGUCUUAGCUGCUAGAAGAUUAGAAAAGCUCGAGGAAUUAAAGAAAACUAUUGAUCAGGAGUUUCCAAACGCCAAAGUUCAUGUGGCCCAACUGGAUAUCACUCAAGCAGAAAAGAUCAAGCCCUUUAUUGAGAAUUUGCCAAAGGAGUUCAAAGACAUUGACAUUUUGGUGAACAACGCUGGGAAGGCCCUUGGUACCGACCGUGUGGGGGAGAUUGCAACACAAGAUAUCCAGGAUGUGUUUGACACCAACGUCACAGCUUUAAUUAAUAUCACUCAAGCUGUGCUGCCCAUUUUUCAAGCCAAGAACUCAGGGGAUAUUGUGAACUUGGGUUCGGUGGCUGGCAGGGAUGCAUACCCAACGGGUUCCAUCUAUUGUGCCUCCAAGUUUGCCGUGGGGGCGUUCACUGAUAGUUUAAGAAAGGAGCUUAUCAACACCAAGAUCAGAGUCAUCCUAAUCGCACCAGGGCUAGUCGAAACUGAAUUUUCACUGGUUAGAUACAGAGGCAACGAGGAGCAAGCCAAGAAUGUCUACAAGGACACCACCCCAUUAAUGGCUGAUGACGUGGCUGAUUUGAUCGUGUACGCAACUUCCAGGAAACAAAACACUGUAAUUGCAGACACGCUAAUCUUUCCAACCAACCAAGCAUCGCCUCACCACAUCUUCCGUGGAUGA